AUGAUCGAUCUUGAGGGAAAACUUGCCGAUAGUUUCCGUUGUAAAACCUUGAAAUGGCUUUCGGAGGAGUAUCAUGAAAUGAACGGUACUCAAUACGACGUGUUGGACCACAGGCCUACGCCCCUAGAGUUCUCACGCUUGGUUCACAUCGCAAGACCAGUCCUCAUUAAGGAGUCUACCGUUCCCGAGGUUGAUGACAAAUGUGCCUGGAGCAAAGAAUGGAUCUCCGAGAAAAUGGGCAACAACAAAAUUUCGGUAGCAGUCACGCCUAACGGUCGGGCAGAUGCCGUGACGACUGGCCCAGAUGGAAAAUUAUUCUUCGCGGAGCCUCAUACACAAAGAAUGACCGUGUCUUCCUUUCUUGAUACUCUCUCUUCAGAUACAGAGGGACAUGAAAUUGACAAUCAGAGUGGGGAAGUGCAUUAUCUGCAAUCCCAAAACGGCAACCUAUUCUCGUCUCGCUACUUUGAUAUGAGCGGAGAGGAAGACCCUUCCGAAUUCGAGGCACUACGGGAAUACAUCCCGAGUGACGUAUCAUGGUGUAGCGACGCUCUUGACAGGACGCCGGAUGCGGUCAACCUCUGGAUUGGUGACGAGAGAAGUGUGACAAGCAUCCACAGCGAUCCCUACGAAAAUAUCUAUACCGUCAUACGUGGAGCUAAGCACUUUACCCUGCUACCGCCUACUGAAGGCUGGUGCCUCAAAGAACGUCGAUAUCCUCACGGUACCUACGCUCGAUCGAGUUCCUCAAGCGCACUUGAGCUUGUCCCAUCCCCGCCGUCAGUGCCGCUCGUUCGCUGGUCUUCGGUUACCGACCCUACCGCCCCCGGAGCGCUGCCGUCUAAGGCACAUCCCAUCCAUGUGACUGUGAAGGCGGGCGAAACUUUGUACCUGCCGGCGGGAUGGUGGCAUCAUGUACAACAGGAGGGUUUUACCGUGGCCGUCAACUACUGGUACGAUAUGGAAGGUAGGGGGAUGUCGUGGGUGUGGAUGAACUUCCUCCGUGGUACCGAGGAACCUCCUUUGGGAAACGAUGAAGGAGCUGGGGCCAAAGCCGGGGGCCAGAUAGAGUCCUAGCCGGGCCGUUCUAUCCACCGAGCUUGGGAUGGCGCACUGCGAUGUUCAGGUUUUUACACACGCAAAAUGACUGUGCUGUAGCGCGGCGCGCUCUUGCUGCUUCGAGCAGGCUAUUCGUUGACAU